UUUUAAUAAUAAAGAAUGUUAUACGAAAUUCAUUAUGAAGACGUGCUAAAAAAUGAUGUAAUUUUUGUAUCAGCAAAGAAAUAUAUGUGGAACAUUUUUCAAAAAAGAAUUCAAUUUAAACAAGUUAACAGCAAAAUCUAUGCAAAAAUGUCUUGUGAUAGUCUGUUAAACAACCAAGCGGAGUUAGCAGAUGAUGCAUUACAAAUUGUAAAUAUUGAACAUGUUGAAGCAAAAGAUAAUAAAGGGAUUGAUUAUGAAAAACUUAUAAAGCAAUUUGGUAGCCAACAUGUAACUCAAGAACAAAUUAACAAAAUAGAAUGUUUGACUGGUCAAAAAGCACAUAGAUUUCUUCGAAGAGGAAUUUUUUUCUCCCAGCGGGAUUUGGAUUUCAUUUUAUCAAAGGCAGAAAAGCAUGAGCCUUUUUAUUUGUACACUGGUCGUGGCCCAUCUUCUGAAGCUAUGCAUCUGGGACAUCUUAUACCUUUUAUUUUUACUAAGUAUAUCCAAGAUGCAUUUAAUGUUCCUUUAAUAAUUCAAUUGACAGAUGAUGAAAAAUUUUUGUGGAAAGAAGAGCUGACAUUAGAGGAAGCAAACCGGCUAUCUUAUGAAAAUGCUAAAGAUAUUAUUGCAUGUGGCUUUGAUAAGAAAAAUACAUUCAUUUUUUCUAAUAUGGACUAUUUAGGACAAUCGACUGAGUUUUAUCGUACAAUUCUUCGCAUUCAAAAAUGUGUUACUUUUAAUCAAGUCAAAGGAAUUUUUGGUUUUGGAGAUGGUGACAAAAUUGGAAAAAUAUCUUUUCCUGCCAUUCAAGCUGCCCCAAGUUUUUCUAGUACAUUCCCACAAAUCUUUAAUGGAAAAAGCAAUAUUCCUUGCCUGAUUCCUUGUGCAAUUGAUCAGGAUCCUUAUUUUCGAAUGACUCGUGAUGUGGCUCCUCGACUAAAUUAUCUUAAGCCUGCAUUAUUACAUUCAACAUUUUUUCCUGCUCUUCAAGGAGCUAAAACAAAGAUGAGUAGCAGUGAUCCGAAUUCAUCUAUCUUUUUAACUGAUUCUGCUAAGCAAAUUAAAGAUAAGAUAAACAAACACGCAUUUUCUGGUGGAAGAUCAACCCUAGAAGAACAUCGUUUAAAAGGAGGAGAUAUAUCAGUUGAUAUACCAUUUCAGUAUCUAACAUUUUUUCUAGAUGAUGAUGAAAAGUUGCAGCAAAUUAAAGAGGACUAUUCAAGUGGAAAGUUGUUGACUGGUGAAAUAAAAAAAGAACUUAUUGCUGUGCUGCAACCCCUCGUAGCGCAACACAUUGAAAGACGUAAAUUAGUUACAGAUGAAAUGGUUAAAGAGUUUAUGACACCACGACCUCUUAGUUUUAGUUAUUAAUGUAUUUAACAUGAAAUAUAUUUAUAUAAAUAUAUUUAUUAGGAAGUUUAGAAA